GAGGACGUACAUGUGUAUACGUCCAUCAUGAGUCAGAACCCAUGGUCGGUCCGCGUUUCGUAAUUAAUUUCUACGGUGAGGAGAAAAAUGCGAGUCUAGACUCGGGACUACGACACCUGCUCACUCCCGGGCCGCUUGUCCUCGGAGGACAUGCCCGUUGUGCCCGGUAAAUCGUGCACCUUUUAUCGUCUUUCUGCUCUCUUCGUAUCCAUUAUGUGUGCUUAGUGUUGUGUGUUUUCUUCUCUUGUUUCUCUCGCCGAAUCUUCUGUAUUCCUGGUUCUGUCCUUCCAUCGGGUUAACGUUUCUCUGUCCUUCAUCUACAGAAGAAAGGACUGUGUCCGAGACGGCAUUUUAAGCCAUCAAAAGUACGGACACACAAAUGGUUCCUCGACUGGUACGUUUGGCCGAUUUUGAACUGUCAGUCUUGACGUCGAUCGAACUUUCACGAGAAAGAAUGGAUUGUGAAUUUUUCGACAGUUUUGUUUAUCGGACUUACCUAUCGCUUUGUUUUGCUUUCGUCUGAAUAAGACGAAUUGAAUCAGGUAACAUAAAUAAUUGAGGGUAAAAGAAAUAGAAAAAAAACAUGGACCAGAACAGAAAUAGACCAAGUAGACCCCGUCUUCGUUCUCAUGGCAAUUCUGCCAGAGUACUCGUAUUUGAUCAAGCUGAAAGCGAAGAAUCUGCAUGCAGCACUGAAGCAGAAGUGCAAAAACGUCCAAUUCCACCAAAAGUAGAGAGCAAGGAAGCUCCAGUUCGGCCUGUUAGUGGAGAACUCUCAAAUCUGGUUCGAAUGAGGAAUUCUGCAAUUGGGAAGUCUGCACCUUCGUUAUCUGUUCACGUGCGUGAUUUUAACAUUCCCCGGCGUGCUGCUAAAGCAGCUCAUCGUAAAUCUUUUAUUGCAACAACAUCUCCAACUUUACCACGUUGUCAUUCACCAUUGUCAGCAUUUGUCCCGAUUGUAGGCAGUCCUCUAGAGAGUCCUAGGAUGUCAUCCAGUCCACAUUUUGCUUUUGCUCCAAUUAAAAGGAUCGGUGGGGGUACCACAGGAACUGGAGAUGGCAGACGAUGGUCAGUUGCUAGCUUACCAUCUAGUGGUUAUGGUACAACACCAGGUUCCAGUAAUGUUUCGUCACAGUACUCGAGUCAAGAACGCUUGCACCAACUUCCAAAUGUUCCCACCAAGGACGAAUUACGUAUGCUUUCUUGCCAUUUUUCUAAACCCGGCACACCGUGUUCUUCGCAUCCAGGUUUUCCAGGAUCUAGUAUUUCUAGUAUUCCAGGCAGUGUAUCUCUCAGUCUCGAUGAAGAAGGUCGUAGGUCACCGUUACACAGACCACGGUCACGAAGUUUAAGCAGUCCAAGUCGAUCUCCUGUAUUGGACAGCGAAAUUGUUAUGAUGAAUACUCUUUAUAAGGAAAGAUUUCCAAAGGCAACACAACAAAUGGAAGAACGUUUAACUAAUUUUAUUAAUGAAAACAAGGAAUUGGAUGAAUAUGAGGUAAUGGCAAAUAUGACCCAAGAUUCACUACCGAUUUUACGGUUUGUGCAUCAUCAAGUAAUUGAAAUGGCGAGGGACUGUUUACAAAAAUCUCAGGAAAAAUUAAUUACAACUAGAUAUUUUUACGAAAUGAGUGAAAAUUUGGAACAUUUGUUGAUGGAGACAAAAGAUAAAUCACUUGAUGCAGCAACAAGAUUAACAGGGCUUAUCAAAAAAUUACUAUUAGUAAUAUCACGUCCAGCUCGUCUAUUGGAAUGUUUAGAAUUUGAUCCAGAAGAGUUUUAUCAUUUACUCGAACAGGCUGAAGGUCAAGCAAAAAUUAACGCAGGAAUAAAAAACGAUAUACCUCAGUAUAUUAUUAACAAACUUUCUCUUAAUAGAGAUCCAAUAUCAGAACUGCAAGAAGAUUUAAAUAAACUAGAAGAUUCGGCAAGUUCGAGCGAUAGUAAUUUACAAAUCGCUUCAAGUCCAAAUAAAGACGAUGAAAAGUCUCACCGCGUUCCUUGUGAAGGCGAUUAUGAAGUAUUGAAACUCAUUAGUAAUGGUGCAUACGGCGCAGUGUAUUUGGUUAAGGAGAAAACUACACGACAAAGAUUUGCAAUGAAGAAAAUAAAUAAGAACAAUUUGAUGCUAAGAAAUCAAGUAGAACAAGUUUUUGCUGAGAGAGAUAUAAUGAGCUUUACAGACAAUCCAUUUGUAGUUUCUAUGUACUGCAGCUUCGAAACAAAAAAGCACUUGUGCUUAGUAAUGGAAUAUGUAGAGGGUGGAGAUUGCGCGAAUCUUCUAAAAAAUAUCGGUCCAUUACCACCGGAUAUGGCAAGAUUUUAUUUUGCAGAAACCGUUUUAGCUGUUGAAUAUUUGCACAGUUACGGUAUUGUUCAUCGAGAUUUGAAACCUGACAAUUUACUUAUUACUGCCCUUGGUCACAUUAAGCUUACUGACUUUGGUCUCAGUAAAAUGGGUCUUAUGUCCUUGGCGACAAAUCUUUACGAAGGAUACAUAGAUAGGGAUACGAGACAAUUUUCCGAUAAACAAGUGUUCGGCACACCUGAAUACAUCGCCCCUGAAGUUAUAUUACGCCAGGGAUAUGGUAAACCUGUUGAUUGGUGGUCUAUGGGCAUUAUAUUGUACGAAUUUCUAAUUGGCUGUGUACCAUUUUUUGGUGAUACUCCGGAAGAGUUGUUUGCUCAUACUGUUAACGAUGAUAUCGAUUGGCCAGAUGAGGAUGAUUGGCCUGUUCAGCCAGAAGCAAAAGAUAUUAUAACAGCGUUGCUUCAACAAAGUCCUAGAGAUCGUUUAGGCACUGGUGGAUCUCAUGAAGUAAAAGAGCACCCUUAUUUUUAUGGAGUAAAUUGGAAUAGUUUACUCAGACAAAAGGCUGAAUUCGUACCUCAAUUAAUCAAUGACGAAGAUACAAGCUACUUUGAUACUCGUAUGGAUAGAUAUAAUCACGAUAUAGGCGACGAUACUGAUGACACCGAUGACUCCCCUUUGUUCGGAUCGUUCUCCUCGUAUUCUCCGCAGUCACGAAAAAUAUCUCAAACCCGUCCACCGCAGAUAAAUCCUGAACAAACAGAGUCGGAUGUCUCAAAGAAACAAUUAUUCCGUACUGAGCUCGAACGCACAGUCGCGCAAUUGUCUUUCGGGUCUAAUAGCUCAACUACUCCUCCAUCCAAAUUAGCGGAAUCAACUCCGUCAGAAAAGAAUCGACCUUCUUCGUCCAUUAGAAAUACCACGUACAUCGAAACGCCUCCAAAGGCGGACAAGUCGAACACGUCAUUCACGAGUCCUGCCACGGUGACCAGUGGCGAGUCCCAACUAACAGUUAUUAAAAACAGUCACAUAGAAGGGACGUGCAUCAGUUUGAGUACACCCGAUUCCUCGCAAACGGAGUCUGAGGAUAUCAGUCCGCAGAUCCAGAGAAAACGACACGUGCAUUCUCGUGAUAAGCUGCCCAGGUUCAGUAUAUGCAUUGAUGAUGAACACAUGUUGGAUUUAUUUGCUGCAAACAGAGAUACAACCGAGGAAAGCAAGCAUAAUUCUAGUACCGAUUCUUUCGAAUCAUUCAACGCCAUAUCAAUUAUUCCAUCCGCGAAACAAAAGUCGCGGUCUGUAAUUAAGUCCGCAUCCACUAGUGGAUUGUCCUUAGUUAUACCAACCAGUGAUUUCUCUUAUGAUGCGUCAUUAAAUACUCAACCAAUCGAAUCUCCUGGUGGAUCAUCCACUGCCUCUUCAAGAGAUACAUCCCCUUGUCGCGAACUGAGUCCACUGGUAACUAGCCUAAAACCUCCUAUUAUCAUUCGAAGAGGGCCGUGUGGAUUUGGCUUCACUGUGCACACUAUCAGGGUUUAUUAUGGUGAUAGUGAUUUUUACACUAUGCAUCAUUUGGUUAUGGCUGUAGAUCAAUCCAGUCCAGCUUUUGAAGCUGGUUUAAGACCAGGAGAUCUUAUUACGCAUAUAAAUGGCGAGCCAGUCCAGGGUUUAUAUCAUAUACAAGUUCUUCAAUUAAUGUUGAGUGGUGGCGAUCACGUAACAUUGCGUAGUACACCAUUAGAAAAUACUAGUAUUAAGACGGGCGGAAGGAGAAGAGAUUUGACUCAGAGCAAAAUGGCACGCAGAACGCUGCAUAAACAGCGCAAACUAAAACGUGAUCAUUCCGAUAAGAAACGAAAGACGUCCCUUUUUAAACGAAUUAGUUCGAAACGAGCUAGUGUAGAGAUGCAACAGCCAUUAACUAUCAGUUGUCCAUUGUCAGCACCCAUUCUAUCCAGCGACAGCAAACCUCCACUUAUGAUGGCUGCGGGAAUCUGUUCGCCGUCAAUGGUAACACCUAGUCGGUCGUUCCAGUCAUUCACACGUUCUCAAGAAACGUCACCAUACUUUGCAGCCUGUACAAAGUCUGUCUGCAGCCCGUCACCUCCAACAAAUCGCGUUAACUCGGAUUCUUAUCACUCCACGGGGAAUUCAAGUCCCUGUUCCAGUCCAAACUCUUCGUCUCCAGGCUCCACUACGUCUGCUGCAAAUCUACCGACUAUCGCCAAUCAGUCCCAUUACCAGAGGCCGAGCACCCUUCACGGUUUGAAGCACAAAUUACACACAGCUGCAAAGAACAUUCAUUCGCCGAAUCGUAGAAAAUCUGUGGGACAUAUACCAUUGUCUCCAUUGGCGAGAACUCCGAGUCCAUCGCCCCUUCCAGCCAGUCCUACUAGAAGUCCUAGUCCGCUAGCUUUUCCUACAGGACAUCAACCUGGUAGCUCGAAUACUACGCAGUCCUAUAGCCCAGGUGUCUGCUUAUCAACGCCGAACAAUCAGAAAAAAAGUUAUGGACGACCGAAGUCAGCAGAGCCCGGUUCCCCGUUGUUGAGAAGGGCGCUUAGUCCAGACAGACUUCAUCCUCGAUCUGCGGAGAACAAAACAUCGAUCUCACCAUUGGCAAACACAGUGGUGAAAGUAACUCCACGUGCAACUAUAGCGCAAUCCUAUUCAGAAACCCCCGAGGAGUGUAGUGAUAGCUUCAAAGAGCCAAACGACUCAAAAGUGGAGAAGAAAGUGUCAACGGAAUCAAAGUCGGAUUAUUCGAAAAUAUCUCAUGGGAUAUCGAUCAAUUUGGGAAACGUAGGUAUAUCUAAUUCUUGCGGCAGCACACAGCUGCCCAGAAUAGCAGAAGAGAAGGAUUCACCGACCGGUUCAAAGGCUGACGAUUACUCGAAGGAAGUUCUACCUUUAGAUAAGAUGGAUAAAAAUAACACGUCUAUGAGUAAAUUGACAGAAUCAGAGAAUACUGGUGACCGUAGUGAUCGUGUUGAAUCAAAGACAGAGAGGCAGAAUUUGUGUACAAAAAAUUUAGAAGUUUUAUCUAUUAAUAAGAUUGAGGAGGGCGCUCAAUCAGAUAAUUGUUCUAAUGUACAAGCGCGUAGUUCGCAAAGCACGUUUCACAAGCAAUCUCAGAACAUUGAAAAAGGUUCACAAGCUUCAUCUCAAAAGACAUCAUCACAAAAUAGUGAAAAAGGCUCGCAAUCUUCGUGUCAAAAAAUAUUGUUGCAAGCUAGUGAAAAGAGUUUGCAAUCUUCCGCCCAGAAAAUAUUAUCACAAGCCAACGAAAGAGGCUUCAUGCAAGGUGUAUCACAGAAGUCAUCUCAAAACAACGAGAAAGUGUCACUGGCUGCGGUGCAGAAACUACUUCAAGGCAAUGAAAAAACAUCUGUGCCUCAUAAAGUGACCGAACAAAAGGCAGCUGGUAAAAAUUCAGAGGCUAAUCUGGAAGGGAGGAAAAUAUCGAAGAAGUACAAAAUUGAUAGCUCUGACGGCUCAAGUAACACUUCCUCCACACAACACUCGAACACAUUUGAGGCUAUGGGGACUGGGAAGGACAAGAAAAACAAUUAAAUAAUUAUCAUUCGAUCGAUUGUUUAGAUCUGAGAGUGUAACGAGAUAAAAUGUUUGCGUGUAAUGAUCCGACUUCUUCUGCCAAUGGAACAAAUUGUCUGUUUUACAAAAGAUACAAUUUUACGAAAGAAGAAAGUCGAAUGUCUGAUAGAUACACGGACGUGCAAAUUGUAACUCGAGUAAGAUCAGAAAGAUGAUAAAUCAAAAAAAAAAAAAGGUAAACUGGUUUAAUGUUUACAGCUUUAAAAGGAAGUUUGUAUUCGAAUUAAGUAUUUAUAGGCUUCCAUCGAAUAACAUACCUGAACACAUAGCUUUAGCUGGUAUUUCUAUCUUGUGGCGGUAUUUAAACGCUACCGCUAUUCUGUAACCGUAAUUUUUGUCAUACGAUCAUUGAAUACAAACGUAAUCCAGAUGAAAGUAGAGGAUAAUUGCAAUUAAUUACUAUUUCAACGGUUUUAAAUGAGCGCGGUCUGUUGAAAUUACAGUUGCUAAUUCUCUCCAAGAAAUUAAGAAAAUAAGAGCGAAAAAAUUGGUGUAAUUUACACUUCGGGCUACAGUAUUUAUACGAUCUCAUUUACAUUUACGUCUAAUUAUUACUAGCGCAUCAUACAUAUAUGGAUCAACAUAUAGCAGUCAGCGAAUCGCGUACAGAUAGGUUUUCAGUAUGUGUAAUAUUUGUGAAGUUAAAGAAAAAAAAUGGAAGCAAUGCAUAUCGUAUAUACUCGUAAUCCAGAUUCAGAUGGAAAAGUUUUUAAUGAUAUCUUUUAAUUUAUUUAAUAGAAUAAUUCAUCUGAAGUUAUAAUUUUUUCACAAAAGUCAGGUUUACAUGUUAAAUAUUUAUAAGAUGCAUAUUUGUAAGUUUUGUGAAAUAACGAAACUUUCGUUUUUACGACUUAUAUGUUUCAUUUAAUAUCGAUUAUAAACGAAUGUCUUUGAGGAGGUUCUCUUAAAACCGGCCUAUAGCGCGAGUAUAUACGGUAAAUAAUUAUCGCCGCAAUGAUUAGUGUACAAGAUGCUCCCGUAUGCACAAUGAUAUUAACCUGUCUCAAUUUCAUUCGACUACACACUGUGAUGUAUUUAAUUGAAAUUAAUGCGAAUUGGUGCUAACAUGUACCGCUCAGGUAUCUUCGCGAGAACUGGUGCUCUCAGACAAGUUUCAAGUACCUAAAUCACUCACUCGUUUAGAAGAAGUGAUAAAAGAAGAAGCAGAAGAAAUAACAAAAAAGAAACAAGAAAGAGAAACAUAGCAUUAAAAAGCACGGAGUAGCGAACAUAUCGCAUUGGAAGCAUCUUGAAAGUUCUUUAGCGAUAAAAGAAAAAUAAAAGUUGCGACUGUUUCGAAGGGCAGACUUGGUCCUCUGAGACGCAAUGUAAUCAUUUUUUUAGUAUUAGGUAUGCGUUAAUUUAUUCUGUAUAUAAAAAACCAUGUAUUAGUUAACGAAAGAAGCGUAUGUUUUAAUUGUGAAAAAAGAAAAGAAAUGGUGAGUGAGACAGGCUGCAGUUUUUGGUUUUUAUAAGUUGUUUACCGCGUUUAUCGACGCUUUCUUCGCGAAAGCUUGCUUAUUGUACGGAAAAGGAAACAUUGCCAUAAGGAGCAACACGGUAUAUAUAUACAUAUAACGUAUGUGUGUCUCAGCCAUAAGAAGUUACAGUUUGCUCUUAUAGAUUUUUAAACAUAUCCACCAUGAUUAUCAUAUUAACGAUGAACUGAG